CAACAUUAUUUCUGGUUUGGCAAGAAUUGCUUGUUACUUUAUCUUCAUGGGCCACAGAGAGCCGAGGAUUCAGAAAAUUACACAAGUCAUAUAGCCGCAAGAUGUGCAUGCCAAUCUUUGGUACUUCAGUAAUGGUCGUGAUGUUUGUUUGGAAUGAAAUUGUGUGUGCCCUGCAGUUGUAUCCUUUCUUUGAUGAUGGUUCCCGGUUAUUGUAACAAGGACAUUGACAGUAUAUUGAUGGCGGUCUUGGGGUGUGUUGGGAAUGGAAGACCAGAUUGUAAAUUCGUCUCCCACCCGUAAUUUAUUGAAUACUCAUAGCUAAGAAAAUAUGGGGUUUCAGGUAUGUGUUAGUGUUUUUGGCAAAUAUGUUCUAUCUUUGAUAUUUGAUUCUUUCAUCAUAGAUACCUUUAUGUGUUUUUGAACAGCUAGGUAGGUGAUGCUUAUAGUGGACCUUCCUUUCCCUGAUUCUUUUAGUCACUUGAUUUUGGUGUUAUAUGGUAAAGUUAUCUGGCAUUUUGUUUAUUACUAGAAGAUGACUCAGAUUUUGUUUAUUAAUCGGUUUUGCAGAACUAUAGUCGCAGUGGUAAGUUGGAUGCCUGGAUUCCCUUUCCAAAAUCACCCUCAGAUCAUCGUGGCCUCUGACACCCAUGUAUGGUUUGGCUUUUUCAUUUCUGAUUCAGGUAUUCUAAAGUAAAUGCUACAACAAAGGUGUCAAUUAAUUGUCAAAGGUUCUUUUCAAAGCGGUUUCCUGAGAAAACAGCAUACAAUCAGGCAACAAGAACUUUCGUCCAUGAUUAAGUUGUUUUGUAGCUUAUUGGGCAACUGCGACUUGGUACAGCCGUACAGGGAGGUUUGCCGAUUUGCCUCCCCUGCCACAGCUCACCAGCAGGCAGGCGACGAUGAACGCAGCAGAAACCAACGACGGCGCCGCCACCUUCUCGUUCUUCCAGCACCUCUGCAUGGUCUCUGGAUUCUUCUUGAUUAAGUUACGAGAUGCAGCAACAUCUCUUGCAGUCAGAGCAUUUGGAAUUCAAGAAGACGAAGAAGCUGCUGCUGUAGUAGAAGAUGAUGAUUUGGAAGCUGGACCAACAGAGGCAGCAGGAGAAACCAAUGCUCUCAAAUUCCUCCAGCUGGGAAACUUCAAUAGAGCAGCUCUAGUCAUGAUCAUGCCCACAUUUCCAGCAACUUUUAUCUACUUUACACUUCCAGGUUUAUUAUGUUUAGCACAGAUUAAAUGGCAGCUAGCACCACAUGGUCCCACACUCCAUAAGUGGUACACUCUAUGUGUGACCAGUUUGAUCAUAGAGUUUGUGGCUUCUAUUGCCCAAUGGAUCUUCUUUUCUGCUGUUGCAACACAUGCUGGGCCAUAGAGAGCCAAGGAUUCAGAAACUUACACAAGUCAAAUAGCCGCAAGAUGUGCAUGCCAAUCUUUGGUACUCCACUACUCCAGUAAUGGUCUUGAUGUAUGUUUGGAAAGAAGUUGGGAGUGCUCUGCAGUUGUGUCCUUUUUUUGAUGAUCUAGUUGUUGUAACUUGUAACAAUGACAUUAAAAUUACAUGUGUCAUGGUUUGGUUUUUAA